AAGUCCUAUUAAGAUCGACGGUCCGGAAUUAAAAUCCGGAGAUAGAUUUAUCAGGUGUCCUUCUCGAUCUCGAACUGAAAUUAUAGAAAAGGAGAUCCAGAUCCGGACGCGAGAAUUCCAGAUCUCGAAUGCGAUUUGUCCACUCACUGUUCUUAGUGUAAAUAUUCGGAAUCUCACAAUCCUAUAGACCGGUAGCUAUGUCGAGGAGGCCAGUAAAUCCCAAUAGACGCUUUGCAGAUAGCGGAAGUGUUCCAUUCGCAGGCUCCCUGCAUCAGAAAUCACGGUCCUCACCAUUACUGUCUGUUGGCCUGGUUGUCUUGGGAGCAUUCCUUCUUAUUGCCUAUUCUUUAAGUGGAUCAGGUGGAAAGGAUAGAGAAGCUCUUAUUAAGGUUGGAGGUGACCUUUCAUGCACAUUAGAAGUUCAAAGAGCUAUACCUGCGCUGAAGAAAGUAUAUGGCGAUAGCAUGAAUAAAGUUUUGCAUGUGGGCCCUGAUACAUGCACUGUGGUCUCUAAACUGUUGAAAGAAGAGGAUACUGAAGCGUGGGGUGUGGAACCGUAUGACAUAGAGGAUGCUGACAGUACUUGCAAGAGUCUUAUCCGCAAGGGCAUCGUGCGUGUGGCUGAUAUCAAGUUUCCUCUACCUUACAAGCCCAAAUCAUUUUCGCUUGUUAUUGUGUCGGAUGCAUUGGAUUACUUGUCUCCGAAAUACCUUAACAAGACUCUUCCAGAAUUGGCAAGAGUAUCCAUGGAUGGAUUGGUUAUUUUUGCUGGUAAUCCAGGUCAGCAGAGAACUAAAGCUACAGAGGCAUCCAAAUUUGGAAAGCCAGCCAAAUUGCGGAACACCUCUUGGUGGAUACGGUACUUCAUUCAGACAGGCCUAGAAGAGAAUGAGAUCACCUCCAAGAAGUUCGAGCAGGCGGCAAGCAAGAUAUCGUACAGCCCAAGCUGCCAGAUUUUUCAUCUCAGCAGCACGUACCAUUGAUUCCCAGCACGUCCUGGAAGUUCCUGACAAGAAAACAGCCACAAGCUUUUUCUGGGUUGUGUCUGGAAACGCAUCCUGUCUGGUAAAAAUUCAAUUCAGUUGAUGAGAUCCACAUCUGUCAGUUAUCGUUAUUGUGUUCUAACCAUAAUCAGGGUUGGCUGAUAUUCAUUGAUUGAAAUUUUAUUUAGUUAGUAUCAAAUGGAUUUGGUGUAUCCAUGGAAGAAAAAACGGCUCUUGGGUAUAUUGGGAGAAUUUGUCAUUGGUUGGCCUAGUUGUAGGAACUUGCGUCAAAGUAAUAUGUAUUCAAUUUUUGCUUCAAUCAAGUGAGCAUCAUUUUAUGUUA